GUUUCAUGUCGAGAAAAACAGCCGAACCAAAGGAUUGACGUCAGUUUGUCUGAUAUUUGUCGCAAACGGUAAUUUUAGGAAAAUCUAGAAUUCAUUAGAACUACCUACUUUGCUGCUUUAAAACGGAAAAAUGUGUCUAAUUACUUAUAAGUACGUAUUUAUUUUCUGAUUGGGAGUUAAUUCGUUGAGUACACGCCCGCAGUGCGAUAACGAAAACACGGAAAAAUGCAAGCCCAAGAGGAAGGUGCUGACGGUUCGCCGUGGAAUAAUUCCAGUGGAUGCGAGGAGGAUCGAAAGUCAAAUCCAAAAGAAAAGAAGUCAAACAUUUUGCCACUAUGGGGCAACGAGAGGACCAUGAAUCUGAAUCCCCUGAUUUUAACAAAUAUACAGUCGUCCCAUUACUUCAAAGUCAACCUCUACGAGUUGAAAACUUACCACGAAGUCAUCGACGAAAUUUACUACAAAGUAAAUCACCUAGAACCUUGGGAAAAAGGCAGUCGAAAAACUGCGGGUCAAACCGGCAUGUGUGGAGGUGUACGAGGCGUGGGAGCUGGCGGAAUCGUCUCAACGGCUUAUUGCCUUCUGUACAAAUUAUUUACUCUGAGGCUCACCAGGAAGCAGUUAAAUGGUCUGAUCAACCAUCCUGACUCUCCCUAUAUUCGAGCACUAGGAUUCAUGUAUAUUAGAUAUACACAACCGCCGGCUGAUUUGUUCUCCUGGUACGAUGAGUACCUGGAAGAUGAGGAGGAAAUGGAUGUGAAGGCUGGAGGUGGUCAAGUGAUGAAACUGGGUGAUAUUUUGAAGCAAUUUCUCACGAAACUUGAGUGGUUCUCCACUCUGUUUCCAAGAAUACCUGUGCCUAUUCAGAAAGAUUUAGAAAACCGUCUCGGCGAGCGAUUUCCGCAGCAGACGUCAAACGCUAGAAAUGCCAAGCCGCCAAUCACGUUGAACAACCACGGCAAAUACAAUAGUAAUAGUAGUGUCGCCAGGAGUCAACCAAGACACAUUCCGGACAGUGAAGCUCAGUGGGGAGAAGCAGAAAGAACGAGCCAGUGGCGAGCCAGGUCUGACGAGGAUCGGAAAGACAAAUAUAGGGAACGAGACAGGGAAAGGGAUAGAGGUGAUAGAGGAGAUAGGGGAGACCGAAGAGAGAGGGACAGAGGAAGAGAGAGGGACCGAGAGAGUGGAAGAGACAGGGAUAGGGAAAGGGAUCGCGACAGGAAUUCUAGACGAUCGACGAGUCGCGAUAAAUAUUAUAGGAGGUCGUCGAGUCGAGAUAGGAGUAGAAAAGCCAGGGAAUACAGGGACCGAAGCAGGGAUCGUCAUCGUGACCGAGAUCGGUACGGAGAAAGGAGAACUUCGCCGUAUGAUUAUGCAACAGAACUUGCACGAGAAAAGGAAAGACAACGAAGGGGAUGAAAUUUUAGGGAAAUACAAGUCUAUGAUAAUGUGAAUAUUUCUAUCUUUUUGGAUUAAAUCAAGUUGGAACCGAGCCAUUCUGCCGGACUGCAUUCUGGGACAGCGUAUGCUUCUUUGGAAAGCAUUGACCUGUUGUUAAUUUUACCAUAUAAAUUGUGUAGUUUACAUGUUUUUUUAUAAAAUAAAUUCCCGACCAUACAAAGGUAUUAUCCUUCCUAU